AUGGGUCCAGGUGGGCUUGCCGUGAGUUUCGGACGUUUAGUGACCAGUGCACUGAGUGCAGCCCCCGUUCCCCCUGCCCUUGCCCUUCCUGCCGACGGCGCCAGGUUGAAGCCUGUCGAAUGCCAUGGAAUGCUGAGUCUGCUGAGUCUGCUCCAGCUGAAGCUCGCUCUCUUACCGCGUGGCAGCCACCAAUGUGGUCCCCACUCGGCCUCCGACUCGACAGUAGUCCGCAGACUCCACACGCGAAUCAACGCCGGCCUGUACAACGUCAGCGUCCCAGAACUCGCAUCUCCACGGAGUGCCAUCGAUCCGGUGCUGCACAAUUGCCGGCAAUCGAGAAGAGACAAACAUUCUGCUAUUCUGUCGAAUCGUGCCUUUGACAACAAAAACAACAACAACAACUUCAACGGCAGACCCACCACCACCACCAUCAUCCAAUCUCCUCCACCUCCAGCGAACGAGCGCUCGUCGUCUGGAGGAAGCACCUUCUGGAGCCUGCCCGCCCACCUGGAGGCCUACCAGCAGCGCAACGAUAUGUUCAACGCCAAAACCGGAAAUCGACGUGAACGUACGUUUGUGGGCAGCAUAUGUGCCGCUUGCGAUGAGCCUCUAGAGCACAUUCUGCGCGGCGAGCGUAUCCUUCAGCUGGCAUGUGGCCAUGUGUCACACGAGGCCUGCUUCUAUGGCUACAUCAGGGAGUUUGAGCUCGACACGUGCCCUUCGUGUGACAAGCCACUGGGCUUUGACACGCGCAAAGCGAGCGAAGUUGACUUUGAUAACCUCAACCAGCUUUUACGCUCCGCACAGAAGCAUGAAUGGCGGGAUGAUGAUGAUGACGACGACGACGACGACGACGACGACGACGAUGAUCCUCACCACCACCACCAAGCCGGAAUGCCUGAGUUGUGGGAUGACAAUGCAAGCCGAUCAUGUAGUCAACGGUCCUCCCAAUUGAAAACAUCGUUGAAGCCUUCACGAGAUCGUCUUCUACCUGAUCGAGAUGAGUCCGUCGACCGUCGGAGCGAACGACAUCACGCCUUUCAUGAAUCACAUACCAGGAAAAGCAGUAGAGAUACAGGUGUCAUAUCGAACAAUGGCUCUUCCAACAGCCAUCAGCAACAUGACAGUAGGCCUCACGACUACGACGCGGCAUCUAUGGUAGCAUCUGUGACUAACCCACACCUGCAAGACACGACCAUGAUCCCGGCACCGCUCGUCACUGUCCGAAGCGAGUUUCCGACUCUCACCAAGUCACGACAUCAGCAAAGCUUGACCUGUCUGGUCACGGUGGAGGUAGUGGGGAGGAAGUGGCAAGCGAGCUCGAUUGCAGAUUCUCCCCGUCCACCUCCCCCGUCAUCAUUAGCCGAAGAGAGACUCGAAUCAUCACCGCCCCGGUUACGGCCCGUUUCACAGCGGAGUAGGCCGGUCGACAGCGUACACGAGGACACCUCCCUCCAGCGGAUCCGAGACGAUUUGGUGCGACGGGUGGACAAUUGGCACGGGCUGGAAUAUGAUCGUUUUGGCGAGCUUCUGCUUCACGGAGUGAUGAGCGUGGGUAAAGACCGACAGGCUUGGCAGGAGCUGGAGUGCUAUCUGUUCAGCGAGAUGUUGGUCUGUGUGAAGAGGAAGAAGAAGACCAGCAGUAUGCAGACGUGGGACAGCUCCGAAGCACCAUCCAGCGCGUUAUCGCGCUGCACCCUCAAAGGCUCCAUCCUGAUCAAGAAACAUCUGAGUCAUAUGGAGACCUUCCGGGAAGGCCAUGUCCUCACCCUGCACCUGACGGUGCCUGAGCUUCCUGCAUUCCACAUGCAAUGUUGCAACUCCGAACAGCUCGACCUCUGGCAGAGGACCAUUGUGAACCUCUCCUCACCCCCCGAAUCGAAGCUGCCGGCGUAUGGUGAGUUCGACCACCGGAACUCGUCCGAAGAAGACGACACCCAUUCCAAACGCACGAAGAGGCUGUCAUCGAUACCAUCAUCGUAUGGCAAACAAUCCCAUGAGACUGCCCCGACGGAGUAUACGAAUUCCCGUUGUGGUGCACCAGAUUGGAGUAGGUGCUCGCCGUCGCUGCAUGUGCCCGUGGACUUGGUGGUGGUGGUGCCGGUGACUCCUUCCAUGCAAGGGUUGAAAAUCAAUGUGUUGCGCGAUGCGUUGCGUUUCAUGGUCUCCAACCUCGGCCCUCGCGACCGCAUGGGCUUGGUCACCUUUGGCUUGGGCAGUGGUCCGGCUGCUUUAGUGGGCAUGACCACGAAAGGCUGGUCGGGUUGGCCUACCGCCAUUAAUUCCAUUCGCCCUGUCGGCGUGAAAAACUUCCGAGCGGACGUGGUGGAUGGUGCCAAUGUUGCCAUUGACUUGUUGAUGCAGCGAAGAGCGCAGAGUCAGCUGUCCCAUGUAAUGCUCAUCAGCGAUUCCUCAACUUCCGAUCCUGACAGCGUCGACUUUGUGGUCUCUCGCGCCGAGGCUGCGAAGAUUUCCAUUCAUUCUUUUGGCCUAGGUUUGACGCAUAAGCCGGAUACUAUGGUCGCCAUGUCCACCAAGACCAAGGCGAGCUACACGUAUGUGAAGGACUGGCUCAUGCUUCGCGAGGCCUUGGCCGGAUGUUUGGGCUCUCUGCAGAGCAUAUCACAUCAGAGCGUCAAGGUCAAACUCCGGAUACCGGAAGGCUCGCCCGCCAAAUUCAUCAAGUUGAGCGGCGCGCUUCAUGCCACGAAGCGCUCGACGGGCCGCGAAGCGGAAGCAUCACUCGGCGAUUUGCGCUUCGGCGAUAAGCGCGACAUUUUGGUGCAGCUGGCGAUCCAGCCAGACGUCUCGUCACCGGACUCGAUUCCUUCGGAUCCAUGGGAGAACAUGAUCUCUGGCCUGGAGGCUCUGGGACCCAUCGAACCGGAAGCAGUGUCGCGCGCAGUGUCGCUCGAAGAAUUGCCGCUCAUACAGGCCGAUUUGACCUGGCGCGAUAUCAAGUGCGAAGGCAGGAUGUCGCAGCUCCCUCGGCCCUCGCUGCUUGCGAUUCCGAUGUUGCCUGCUCCUUCCAAGAAACAUGCAUUGCGGUCGUUCACGCCCCCCAUUCCUCCUCAUCCGUCGGUCGUACAACGGCGAAUGGAGCUCCUCACUUCUGACAUGCUGUCUCGAGCCCUCGGACUCGUGGCCCGGGGUCAGAAUGAUCGUGCUCAGCAUCUGCUGAGCGAGACGCGAUCCAUCCUAAAAGGUCUGGGCAAAGGUGUUUUGCCUCCCCUUCCUACACCUCCCCCCUCGAGCGCUCUUCCACCACCCACACCUCGGCAGAUUGAUUCUGCAAGGAAUUCGGCCAACGAGCUCGGGUCCCCACACCCGCCACGCUCACCGAACCCAUCAGAGUCACCCGUCCCGUUUGGCCCUAGUGGAGGAGGAGGCAUCGACCGAGCGAUAAUGACGGCUCUCGACUCCGAACUGGAGGCCAGCCUCGAAUGGAUUUGCCACCCGACCGUGUUUGGAAGAGAUACUCGCAAGUCCAUCUUACAAGCCAUUGGCGUGAUCAGCUCCCAGCGGGCCUUCACCUUCCGGACACCAUCGGAAUCUCUGUGGGCACAACGAGUACCAGGGGUGAAGGGACUGGUGGACUGUAGCCUCAAGUGGCGCGAAGUCGGAGAAGACGAAGCUCUCCUCGAAGUCUCGGAAGCGAACACGUCGAAUGUUUCUCUCUGUGAUCAUCGGUAG